CCUUGCCUAAGGGUAUCUCAAGUGGUUUACUCAUACCCGUAGGGCAGAUGGCACCACCUCCUCCUCCCUACUCGCAUUCCAAUCUCUCUCCCCAGUCUUUUACACGCACGACGACCAGUACAAUAGUGACGGUUACGAUGGUGUAAUGUGUAGCCAAAACUUCGUGAAUUCUGAUCUCAUCUCUUUUCAUUUGUACGUGUUACGUGCUGUGUUUAUGACUGUGUUGCUUCAUGAAUAAAGCCAUGGCUUCUACCAAUUGGCUAACAAGCAAAAACACUUCACAGUCGACUCGUGAAUCUGUGCUCGAACAAAACUCAACUUUCGCCAUCAACAUUGUCAAAGAAGCAUUAGGCGAGAAAAUAGAUUUGUCAAAAGAUACAAUCUACAGGACGUUAUCGACAUGUGUUGGAGAAGUGUUGGCAAAUUGUGAAUCCCCAAUGCAACAGCUAGUAAAUCGACUAGACCUUUCUCGUGGUGUUGGCCAUGACAAGUUUGCUUCACUGGCUGAUGAGCUUUUUGAAGCUGAAAAUGGAUACAACAUUCUCUGGGAGAGAAUUGUGACCCUAUUCGCUUUUACAUGGGUACUAAGCAAACAGCUACAUUCUGACCAGAUCGAGUCAUCUAAUAAUCUCAGCAAGAUACUAGCAAGCUACCUCAAUGACAAAAUUACUCCAUGGAUCUUGCAGCAGGGAGGCUGGAUAAAAAUCUGCAGUGAAUUUGGUGAAGACACAUCUGCGUCAAACAAGUGGAAGUACUUCUUUUUAACAGGACUAGGCAUUGGUCUGGUCGCCACCUAUAAAUUGACACAUUAAACCUGUAAUUUUUCUCAUGUAUGUCUAUUGUAUGUUUAUUUAAUUUUAAAUGAUUACAAUUAUUCCACAAAUAUACAAUUAAACUGAUAAA